UUCAAUAAAUGGUUCGGAGUGUAUUUAUUAGGCUUAUAUUGUAUAAGUUUCAAGUUUGCUUAAUAAAAAAAUUUUAAAUGUUCAGUUUGUGAAUUAGGAUAUUAUGCAGACGAAAUAAAUGGAACUUGUUUAAAUAAAUGUGGAACAAAGGUUAGAAUAAAAGAAGAGGAAUGCGAUGAUGUGAAUCUUGUUAAAGGUGAUGGAUGUGAUGAUUAAUGUAAGCUAGAAAACAAUUAUAUAUUUUUGAAUUGUGUAAGUAUCUUACCAAAAUAUCCAAAGCCAUUAAUGUAGAGCCCAGACAUUUCUUAGAUUUAUUCUGGUAUCAGAUUGUUUCAAUUAUCUUAUACCACUCCCAAUGUUAGAAUUGAUGGCUUUCAAAUUAAAGAUUAUCUAUCCUUACAUAUUUCAAGCAGUUCAAGUAUUGAAUAAGUUGAUCAGUCUUAUUAAUUAACUCAAGAUACUUCAUAGAUUAAUGAAUUUAAUUAAUCUGAAUUAAAUUUGAUGAUAAACAUCACUUUCAAUAGAAGUUCGCAAGGCCAAAUUCUAUUGAUCAAGUUCUUAAAUACAUCAGUCAUUUAUUCAAAUGAAGUGUACUCCCAGAUUGAAACGGAAUAUUUCAAACUGUCAGCAUUACAAUUCCAUCAAUCUUUAUGAGUCUAUUUUAUAUCUUAUUUAAGCCAUUAGAGGAUAAAUUAGGG